GUUGUUUUUUUUCAGGCUGGUUCUUUCCUUCCUUACCAUAAACUAGAAGUAUAAAAACCUAAAGUGAUCUGUUUGUACAAUUCUAGGCCGGUUGACAACAACUGAUAAUUCACAACAUCGAUCAACAGACUAACCACAACUUUUUAGUUUUUAUUAUUCCCCUGGUUUCAUGACCUCAUUUAGUCAAGACAGUGUGCCACAACAUUAAGGGCCAUCACUGGUGUUAAUGUUGUGUUGCUUCCUGUGCCACCAUGGAGACAGCCCUCACUGCUGCUGCAGCCUGACAUCCUGCAGUGGCACACACUCUUUAUGAAGACAGCAGUGUGUGUAGCCCGGGAGUGCCUGCACCCGUGUGCAUGCGAGGGCAGGUUGACGUAAGCUUUGAGGCCUGCUGGUUUUUACUGAUGUGUUAGAGUCCCUAAAUUGGGUCUGGGUCUGGCAAGGGAUGAAGUGGCGGUGCCUGUCAGGGGAGAGAAGGGGGUGGGGGUAUUUUCUGUUCCUGCCAGGUCAGGGGCCCCAGUCAGCACUGAUGCCUCUGAAAGAGGCAGUGUGUGUAGAGGCGCCAAAAGGGGGCUUGAUAACAAAAACAGGCCACUAAAUACAGUGAUUACUAUACAGCUGAGGUCAUAGUCUUUCUUUCAGAAUGAAAACUCUCAAUUGGCCUUUACCUACCGGUGAGGCAGUGGGACCAGGUAGCGUCCUCUGACUUGGUGUGUUGUUGGGUUCCAUUGAUCGGCUGAUUAGUGAGGCUCCUCUGUGAAAGUGAUGAGCUUGCUGUUAGUGAAAAGGAGGAUUUUUGCGCUUUUUGUCAGUUCUGCUCCAAAACUAGUUUCACUUAGCCAGAGAUUGUUUUUUUGUGUGUGUGUGUUUCGGGCAGGUAGAAGUUGACGUCCUUAUUGUCAGUUCCUCUGUUUGCCUGUAGGACUGGGGUGAUGUAGGGAAUGUGCUGCAGUCAGUUUUUCUAAAGGUACGAGGCAUAGAAGACAAACGUGGUAAACGUUUUUUCAGUCCAAACCCCAGAUGUGUUACAUAGCGUUGGUUACUGUUUGCUCGUCUUUUGCUUGACUCAGAGCGUAUUAACAUAACCACACUGAGAAUAGCUUCAGGUACUUAAGGGACUGCAAUCCUCUUUGUAGGGCACAAGGACUUUGUCAGUGCUUAGCUAGCAGUUUUUAACCUUCACACAAAUGUACAAUCCUUCUGACAAGUUUUCCUUAGGUUUUCCUGUUUGGUUGUUUCAGCGCUGACAUACAAAGCAAUGUAAGAGAUAUUUUUAGUACUAUUUCAGAACCACAUUGCCCAAAUGUGUUAGUGUUCAGACAAAAAGAAUGGGCCUCCACAUCCUACCAUAGCUGCGGUGGCUGCUGCUGUGGUUGCUAACAGUCACUCUCCCAAAGGGCUUGACGUGCUCUUGUUUUGGUUGUCAAGGGAUUCCUGGCUCGGUGCCCAGACACUCUCUGCUCGCCGCCUUUUCCCUGACAAACUAAAACAAAAAGUCUGCCCCAGUAACCGCAGCACCUUUGUCUUCACCUCUUUAUUCCGGUGCGUUAAGAUAUUUCCACCUUGGUAUGAAUGUUAGCAACUCCUCCAGACUUUUUGUUUUGAAUCUUCUCUAUUGUCAUUUGAGCGAGUGUCUAGAUCUAACAGGGACACGGCGCUGUAAUCCUGUUGUUCUGGCAGGACGCAGUAAUUCCACAACACAGCUGAGCUAAUUGGUCAUGGGUGCGUCUUUCAUGUUGACAGUCUCCAAGCCUCCCUGGUGCACGCCGAUGCACAUGGUCACGCUCAGGCUGCAUCCACAAAACCGAUGUAUGAUGUAGUCAGAUGUGUCUUUUCUUUAACCUGGAUCCCGUAAUAGCUAGCCCUUACCACUAGGCCUUGGAAACAGUCAAAUUGAGCCUCGGAUUCCUGGAUCACAGAAUAAGUACUCUAUACAGCUUAGUUACUCACCGUACUCGGUAGACAGGUAUAUUUUGUAUAUUCAAAUAUACAAAUAUAAAAAGUUCCAUGUUCUGCCUGUUCAACCAUUGUCGUGCUCGAGGACGAACUUUGUUCAGGUCAGAGGCCAGCAGCAGUUCACAUUAACUGAUGCAUCUCUGUUUCCCCCUGGUCCUUCAUAAUGCAAGCCCAGUGAUUCCUUUGAAAGGAGCAGCACUGGCUAUAUAUAGACUGGCAGCUGCAGCAGCAGCAGCAGCAGCAGCAGCAGCAGCAUGCUCUAUAUCAGGCUGUUGGAGGUAAAAGCUGGUAGAAAGGCCCAGACUGGCAGCAGGGUUUCUGUGUCAAAUCAAAUUGCCUCCACUUGAUCACAGACCAACAGCAUUGGUUGGUGUUUGGAGCUCCUUUUCCCGAGUCUGUACUGUAGUCAGUUCUUGAAUGAGCAACCCUAACUCAGGUUUAUUUUUUAUUUUUAAAACUUUUUUUUUUGGUAUAGCACUGAUUUUUGUAUAUAUAUUUUGGCUUGAAAAAUAAAAACUUAAAUGUGUAAUUUGUUUUUAAUCGUUAAUAGAUCAGACAUACAUUUUGCAGAAGAUAGAUCCAGAACAUUGCUUCAGACAUUGGAUCAUCCAAUCACAGCCUGGCUACGACAACCUCACUUACUUUUACAGAUUUUGUCAUGUCACACCUUGUCGUUUACUAUCUCGGGAAUCAGACUUAUGGGAAAAGUGUGAAGCAGUGGAAGGCCUGCUUCCAUCCUGAAGCAUCUCUGUUCGAUUCCAACUGGUCAGAAUUAAAAGGUUGAGUUGCGUCAGGAAGGGCAUUUGGGGUUUAAAAAAAAACCUUAUUCUAACUAAGAACCAAGACUGUAAUUUGUCAGUCCAUUAAUGGAGUUGAACAUUUUGAAUGUGAAUUGUUUUUACCUGGACUGUUUUCUCUGUUGUUACUAAUGGCUAAUAGCUUGGCAUCACAGUGAUAAUAGGUCGCAGUUUUUUACACAUCAUCUGUAUUUUGUGGCCAUUUUCAUUACUUGUGCCACAUUGCAAUAUCACUUGCUUAAUGGGAAGCUUCAAUUUGUAGGAGCACUUUCUCAUUCAGGUUCUGUCCUCCCUCUCAGUAUUUUUUAAUUCCCUUAUUGAACCUCCACAACCAGACGCAAUGCCCACAGCUGCAGUCUGCCUCCACCUGACUGCCCACCAGCGCCUCAGGGAGCACUUGUUGCCAAGCAGUGACAUAGAACUCUGUUCCCUGCAGAACGGUUGAAAAAAACUGAUGCUUCAAUGUUCAAUUUUACCUCAAGGAUUAAAAAAACAUAUAUCCCUAUGUUUUAUAUUUAAACUUGAUUUUUAUUUAACCAUUAUUUAUCACCUUAAAAACUCAGAGCUCUGUUCACAGAAGGCCCCAAAACAAACAGUGUUUUUAAAUUCACAGUAGACACAGGAACUGUUUCUGUGGGUAUUAAUACUGAGAUCUAGUGACCAAUUUUAUACUGCCUGACGUUUCUGAUGUAAUAUAACGUAGUGUUUCCUAAUUGUUCUGUGCUUUUCAGCUGUUAGAAGAAGCAACUAAACACGAGAAGAGAAUCAUUUGAUGGAAGAUAAGAAAAAGAAAAAGCCAGAAGAGAAGAAAAAGAAAGAAGUCACUCAGAAAAAGGCUACAGAACAGACUACCAAAGAGCAUAUACACCACCUAAACUGAGAGUAUUAGCACCAAGCAGGUGGUCCUGAAAAGACACCAGGUGUCCAUAUAUGGCUAAUAAGAACCACUGGGAUCUUGCAGCUGCUCCACAAGUCUUCCCAUGACUCCCCAAUGAUUCUUCAGGCGGAGGUGCCAGACUCUGCCAAGCUCGACCCAGCCCCUCCUCCUCCCCCCAUCAGCCCCAGUGCCACCCCACCUGUAGCCCCUAGCAGUGGCAAUGGCAAGCGCACUUCCUCCGGAGGUCAGCAGCAGUCAACCCAGCAGCCCCAGCAGCGCUACCCGUCCAGAGAGGUGCCCCCUCGCUUCCGCCAGCAGGAGCACAAGCAGCUGUUGAAGAGGGGUCAGCCCCUGCCCCCUGGAAGUCCGCUUCUGGCUGCCACGGCACGUCCCUGCCCCACUGAACCUUCAGCAGCCGAAGCCAUACACUCCUGCUCCUCCUCUUCCUCCACAGCCAGCCUUCCUACAGACUUGCCCCCACAAAGCAGCCAGGGAGCCCAGUAUGAUAGUCCCCUCUGGGGACACCUGCCAGCCAACAGGAGUGCCACAAGUGCUGCUUCUUCUUCCCGUGUCACAGGCUGGGAUCAACUGAUUAUCGACCAGAAGGACACAGAGGCUUGGCCUUCCAUUACACUCAGCCAGAGCCAGACGCUUCUCGGAGGAUGCCCUUUGGAUACUGACAUUGGUCAGUUGACCUCCAGCAGCAGUACUAAUUGCAGUUACAGUACAGUGACUAUGGCCACAGGGGCCAAUAGCCAGACAGGACAUUUUCCUGGCAACCACGUUAUCAACAAGGCCAACAGUGGACCCAAUCCUGCCAGUCACACUGGAACCAACAUGCUGUCCGGCCAGGUCGCCGCCAACCGCAGCUGGGGCUCUGGUGCUGGACCUUCCAAUUGCAACCCUCAGUCCUUAGUAGGAAAUGAAGGGAAACGUGACACUUCAGUCACAGGAGUAAGCAGCAGGGCCUGGGGCUCUUCCUCAUCAUCUUCCACGAAUUUAAACUUGAACCUAAACCCUAAUGCCAACCCUUCUGCCUGGCCCAUGUUGGGUCACGAUGGAGGUGGCACAGGGGGAGGCAGCUCAGGGGGAGCCAACACCAUUUCACCACCUCAACCUACACCAAACCUCUGUAAUCUGCCUGGUCCUACAUCAUCCCAGACCAGCACCUGUACCGGAGCCAACACUAACAGCACUUCCUCGGGGAUAAGCAGCGCCUGGGGUAAUAUUAUGUCCUCUGACGCAUCAGAGUCACACCCCUCCUCAUCCACGAAUGUGUCUUUUAGCUCAGAACCUCAAAACCUUAAAACUGAUGGACCAAAUCACACUAAUAAGCAGGAACCCCCCAGCCCAAUCCACAGUCUGCCUGCUUGGGGUAAUGCAUCUGCAGGCCUGGGUUCCAUGGGCCAGCCUACAAAAGGGGUCCCACAGGUCAAUGGAGAUGAUGGUGGUAAAGUUUGGGGUAACAAUGGUGAAUCAAAGCCACCUUCAUCUAAGGAUGGAUCUGCCUGGGAGUCUGGCUGGAGUCAAGGAACAGGUGGACCAGGAAACUCUGGAGGUUGGGGUGAUCAUUCUGGUGGAGAUUGGGGAAAGCAGCACAGUGAGGAAGCCAAAGGUGGCUGGGACGCCCCUAGCUCCCCUCUACAAGAUUCCCAGAAUAGCCCUUGGAAUAGAGCUGUGAGCACAGCAGCUGCCAGUGAAGGGAGCAGUGACAGCAGAGAAGGACAACCUCCAUGCAGAGACCACUCAACUAAAGAUAAUCCAACUCCACUACUGCCAGCCCAGGAUCUUGAUCCCAGAGUACUUUGCAACACUGGCUGGGGACAGACCCCUGUGCGCCAGCACACCUCCUGGGAUAUGGAAGAUACUAAACGUAAAAAUGAUGUAAGCACUGAAUCUUGGGGCUCUGCCCCAACCAAUCCAAACGGUGCCCAGGGGAUAUCCAAAAGAGACAACAUGGGUCUCGCUCAGAGGACUGACUCUGGGAGUAAAACUGAUGUGCCAGGUUCUCAGGGUGCUUCAGGUUGGGGUGGAAACAUGGCAGCAACAAACCCACCAAAUCCUGGUUGGGGAGAUCCUCCCAACCACAUCAAACCCCCAGGGACUUCCAGUGGUUGGGGUAACCCUACAGCAGGAAGCAGUGUUCCCAGUGCACCCAAAAUUGGUAGCCAGUCCUGGGGAGAGGAGAAGUCCAGCGGUUGGGAAGAUUCUCACAUGAAGGCACCAUCACAGGGAUGGGGCAACACUGAACAACACAAAACAUCACAAAGCUGGAGCAACAGUGGUGGGAGCAAUAACUCAGGUGACUGGGGAGAACCAGAAGACAACAAAAAAACCCCCACCAACCCUGCCUGGGAGGGAGAUGCUAGUGGCUGGAAGGAAAACCCACGUGGCUGGGGACAACCUCCCUCAGCAUCAGUGACGUCUGGGACAGGAGGAAAUGGUGGUUGGGGAGAGACUGUUUCACAGCGCCCUAGUGCCCCCCCUCAAGGUUGGGGUGGAAAGCCUCAAGAUUGUCCCAAUAAUAGUGGCGGGAAUAUGGGUUCUUGGGCUGGUUCUGGCUCAGUAAAACAAAGUGGAGGUUGGGGUGGCAAUAAACAGGAGGGUAUCCCCGAGUCUACAGGAUGGGAAGAGCCCUCCCCAACUUCAAUAAGACGUAAGAUGGAAAUAGAUGAUGGGACUUCAGCCUGGGGUGACCCUGGUACCUACAACAAGUCGGUUAAUCUGUGGGACAGGAACAAUCCAGGGAUGUCCCAACCUAAAGUUACCAGUGGAGGCAAUAAUCCCGCAGGUCCCAACAACAACCACAUUCACUCUCACAAUCACCCAUACCAUGGGCCACCUGCACCUGUACAGAACCAUAACCAAAACACUCAAAACCCAGGCUCCAGCAGUGGACCUAUAGAUCCUGUUGUGCAACAUCAGCCUGGCCCACCUCACAACAGGAGUCCCUUGAUUGGUCAAGGUUGGGGAGAGCUACCAAACUCCCACACUAAAUCAGAGAGCUCUUGGGGCGAACCUGCGCCCUCUCCUGUCACUGUGGACAACGGCACCUCCGCCUGGGGCAAACCAACCGGGAGCUGUGGAGGCUGGGGAGACAGUAACCAGGACACCUAUAGUAGAGGCAACACAACAAUGACUUCUGCUUCCUGUAAACCUGCUCCCAAACCUAUGCAAGAUGGAUGGGGAGGUGGAAGUGAGGAGCUGAGUUUGUCAGGGGGGCAGUGGGAGGCUGAGGAGGGAGACAUGUGGAACAGUGCUGCCUCCCAGGAGAGCAACUCCUCCUGUAAUUCCUGGAGCAAUGCAUCUAAGAAGGCACCACAGAAGGCGAAGGUCCCAGUGAAGCAGGAGGAAGCUUGGAUCAUGAAUCGUCUCACCAAACAGCUGACAGACAUGGGCUUCCCUAGGGACCCUGCAGAGGAGGCUCUAAAGAGCAACAACAUGAGUCUGGACCAGGCCAUGAGCGCCCUGCUGGAGAAAAAGACAGAACUGGACAAGCGAGGAAUGGGCAUCGCCGGCCACGACUACAACAACGGGCUCAUCAACAAGCCCAUGAGCUGCCCACGGCCUCCGCUUCUUUCCAAAGACCCCUCAGCCGACCCACGUUUGCCCUUCAUGGAUAAGCAGAUGCAGAGUGGAAUGUUUGGCGGCAGUGGAGCAGCACAAGCCCGGACCAUGCAGCAAACGCAGCAGCUUCCUCAGCCACCAGUGCCGCCUCUCAGCUCCUCCCAGCCUAGUCUACGUGCUCAAGUGCCUCAGUUUCUCUCCCCUCAGGUUCAAGCACAGCUCUUACAGUUUGCAGCAAAAAACAUUGGUCUUAAUCCUGCACUUUUAACCUCACCAAUAAACCCUCAACAUAUGACCCUUCUGAAUCAACUGUACCAGCUGCAACUGGCAUACCAGCGUUUACAAAUUCAGCAACAGAUGUUGCAGGCGCAACGCAACGUUUCUGGUCCCAUCCGACAACAAGAGCAGCAAGUUGCACGUACAAUCAAUAACAUGCAGCAGCAGAUCCAACAGCACCAGCGUCAGCUGGCCCAGGCCCUGCUCAUGAAGCAGCAGCAGCAGCCUCCACCUUCCCACUCAGGCCUGCAGCCUGGUGGCGCCAAAUCCACCUUGGACUCGUUUACAUGUCACCCCCAGGCAUCAGGCCUUCCUGACCUGCAGACCAAAGAGCCGCAGUCGACCCCCAGCGCCUACAGCCACUACUCUCUGUCUGGACUGAAUCCAAACAUGAAUGUAAACUGCAUGGAGGUGGGUUUGACUAUGAAGGAACCCCCCCAGCCCCAGUCGCGUCUUUCACAGUGGACACAUCCCAACGCCAUUGAAAGUCUCUCUGGAAACCCCUCUCCCCUGGAGCCCACACUAGUCAAGCAUGGUGCCAACCUGGGCCCCCCUGGGAAGCCCCCACAGCUGGAGGACUCCUACAGUCCAUACAACCUCAUGUCCAGCUCCGAGUCUCCAACCAGCCCCAAUGUACCCCCGGACAGUUGGGGACAGGGCAAAAGCAACAGUGACAAAAUGGCGAAUGGGACCAAUAUCAACUGGCCGCCAGAGUUCUGCCCAGGCGUGCCCUGGAAGGGCCUUCAAAACAUCGACCCUGAGACCGACCCCAACGUGACUCCUGGCAGUGUCCCCAGUGGACCCACCAUUAACACCAAUAUCCAAGAUGUCAACCGCUACCUGCUGAGGGACAGGAGUGGAGGUAAACUCUCAGAGAUUAAAUCCACUUGGUCUCCGGGGCCCAUCUCUCACAGCCAGGCCUCCCUGUCCCACAAGCUGUGGGAGGUCCCUCAGGGCCCCCGCAGCAACGCCACAGCACCUUCACGCCCUCCACCCGGCCUCACCAACCCCAAGCCCUCCUCGACCUGGGGGGGCAACUCCCUGGGUCUGAGCCAAGGGUGGAGCACCUCUUACACAACAGCAGGUACCACGUGGAGUACUGACAGCUCCAGCAGGACCAGCAGCUGGUUGGUUCUGAGGAACCUCACUCCGCAGAUUGACGGUUCCACUCUGCGUACACUGUGCAUGCAGCACGGCCCGCUCAUCACAUUCCACCUCAACCUGACGCAGGGCAACGCUGUUGUGCGCUACAGCUCUAAGGAUGAAGCCGCCAAGGCUCAGAAGUCCCUGCACAUGUGCGUGCUGGGGAACACCACCAUCCUGGCAGAAUUUGCCGGGGAGGAAGAAGUGAACCGCUUCUUUGCACAGGGCCAGUUGCUCGGGGGCACCACCAGCUGGCAGGCCACUCCAGGAGUCAAUCAAGCACGGAUGGGUGGGACGGGGUCCGCCGCCUCCCAUCCCAUCGGUCACUCUCCACACUGGAACAACAACAACAGCGCCGGCAGCAGCGGGAGCACUGGCCUGGGAGCCGGCGGAGCCAAAACGGGCGGGGAGCUGCUUUGGGGCGGAGUGCAACAGUAUUCUAACCUGUGGGGACCCCCGAGCGGAGAGGAGGGACGGGUGAUGGGGAGUCCCACCCCAAUCAAUACGCUGCUGCCUGGAGACCUGCUGAGCGGAGAGUCCAUGUAAACAAACAGCAAAAGGUGCAAAAACCUUCAAAUCAGUGUGGAGAUAAUCAGUAUGGGUGGAACAGGAAGAAAGGAGACGGGGGGAGGACGGGGCUUCAUCCUCGCUGCUCACCCUCCUCGUCCUCCUCUGCUCCUUUUGGUGGUUUGAAAGACAUUUCAGUUGCAGUUCUGUGAAUCUCUGCAUGAGAUUUUUUUUCUGGCAGUGUUGCGCGUCAAACUUUGGAGACACGGGACGGUCUUUUCACUCCAACCAUGAAAGGGAACCUAACUGAAGUGAACUCUGAAGAAUUUCCUGUGUGAAAACAAGUACCUGAAUCAAACUGACACAUUGAGGAGCUGCCAUCUUUGAACGUGCGCGCUUCGUCCUUCGUGCUGCACCUCGGAAAAUGCCCGAUAAAAAGACAUCAUUCCCAAAGCGAGACCCUUCAAUCAAAGUGGUUGCUGAACUUCGAGCUGGUCCAGAAUCAAACACGUCUCUCAUCACUAAUAUUAGCCUUAAUCUUUGUCUGCCCUACUCUCCUCAUUCACUCUGUACUCGGUGAAGAAGUAUCCAGACACUUGCACACCCUUAUCUCUGAGCCAGUGAAACCUGAGUGGAAAGUACAUGCUGCUGCUGCUGGACGUAAGCAACCACAGCUCACAGUGCAUUCUUGAAAGCAGAUUGAGUUCCUCAGUUCGCUCAAAGGGAAUGAUGCAACUCUGUUCGCCUUGUUCAAGCCAUUUAUUUUUGUAUUUGUUUUUUUGUUCGUUUGUUUUUUUCUCUUUGAAUCAUUGCAAGCAAAGGUUAAAAAAAAUGAAUCAUUCAAAAUGUGUCUGUCAAUCCUACCUGACGGAUGGAUUCGUUCAGUGGUGGUGGGAGGGGUCAUUGCAUACAGGGAUGUCGCUGUCCGCAAAACCAACCACUGCUUUUUGUACGGAACUGUAAAGACUUCAGAAACGUCAGUGCACCUCAAAACAUCUGCAGCCCACCCGCAGCCUUGCUCUCAGUCUCUGAUGUUGCUCUCAAUGAUUUUUAGUAGGACAAAACUCAAGUUGCAGCUGUUUCCCAGCGGUGGUCUCGUCGAUGACCCUCCCAACGCCAUCCACUCCACCUGCAGAACACCAUUUCAAUCGACGUGCAAUAUUUAAAAGCCACAGACUGUACCGUCCAAGCACCGUGGCCUCCCGGAAAGAGAAAAGGAUUAUAUGGUUUGAUAAGAACAGUUGUCCACCCCCGUGAGGCCCCCCCCCCCCUCACCCGCCCUGCCCCCAGCCCCUGCCAGGAGUGGUUGAACUCAGGAGAGUAACAUGCUGGUGUUGGACUAACCACAAGAACGUACACAAAAAAAAGCACUUCGUCAGCCAGCUUACUCUUCUCACUUAUGCCAGUGACUAUUUUGGGGGCAGAGAGAGUGACCGGUUUGUUUAUGUGUGAGUGUGAAUGUGAGUGUAUGUGAGUGUGUGUGUGUGUGACGAGGAUGAGGCAUCAAACCAAAAUAAGAUGAGCCUGUUUCUUCCCCACCUUUUGGCCUAUUUUGCAUCGGUCUAAGAGAAUGAAGCCGAGUCUUUGGAGUUGGUUUAUCACAGCACUUAACCAGAGGCGUUUUUACCUUUGAUGCCAACGGACAGAAGAAAGGAGAAGCAACACUGGCAAAUGAAAAACUGAAGAAAAAAAAAAAAGACAAAAAAAAAAACAAUCUUAUUUUUUCGUUGCUUCUCCAGAAAAACAUAUUUUUGGACUCGACAUGGAUGUGAAGAUUUUUUUUUUUUCAUUUGUUUUUCAGUCCUUCUUCCCUCAAGUCAGUGGGACCAAGAAGGAUAUCAGACAUGGUAGCAAAGUGAAGGGAAAUUACAAAGAAAGAAGUGAACUGCCGUGCAGUGAAAGCACUCGUCCUCACCCUCUCUCUCUAUCAGAGUAAAUAUCACUGUUACAUUGCAAACUGUUACGACAGAAUCUCUCGCCUUGGCGUCUGGAAUUGUUGGACCGUGUUGUUCACCCGGCGGCUCCGGCGGGGGACGAUCGCCAUUUCAUUCUUUUCUGAGCUUUUCUUGAUUUCUCUCGUCUCCACUGGAGGCCCUGCCAACCUGUGUGAUGGUGUGGUCACUGAGUGCCUGCCUGCUGCAGAGUGCAGAACACUGCAGCAGACCUCACCCCUCCUCGCUCGCUCCUGCCUCCCUGCGGAUCCCCACAGACCACCCCCCCCCUCCCCUCGGGCCUCCAGGCCAAGAGCAGCUCUUUCAGAACUGGCCCCACAUGUGUUGAAUUUUUUUUCUACUACUGCUGCUCCAGAGUCUGUCCUCGGCAGCCUCCACUUCCACUCUCUCUUCUCUUUUCUCCUGCAAAGAUCACUUUAGCCGAGCAAGGAGGCACUUGAUGUGUUUUUGUUUGUUUGUUUUUUUUCCUGGAAUUUGACUUAUAGAAUUGCCUAUAAGUGCAUUUUGUUUUUCUUCUAUUGUGGUGUAAAUAUGUGCUGAUGUUUGUCGCUGUUUUAACUGGUGGUGUGAGUUGAGGAUUGUGAUCACUUCACUUCUUUUAUGUCGCUCUUUAUGCAGUGUUUCAGCUUCUCUUUUGCCCCUCCCACUGCCUCAGGGGCAGAACCAGUGUGCAGAGGUACAGUGGAUAUAAAAAGUCUACACAUGGCUUAAAAAAAAUUAAAUCAAAGAUGCCAAGAUUUCUUUUAUUUUUUCAUCUUUGAAAACAUUCUAAAUUUUUUUAGAAGAAUAAUGAUAAAACAGCACCUAUGAUAAUGUAGUGACCCCGUCUCUACAGAUGAGAAUCUGUCAUUUGCAAAAUUCUGUGACAUACUCCUGGGUAUUGCUUGUUGAAAGUCGCCCGUGCAGUGUUGUUCUUGCACCUUUACCUCAACACACAGUAACCCGUCUUCCCUUUGGGAGACGUAAUGUAAAUUAAUGUCCCUGUCCGUGGUCCUGAAAUAUGAAGGUAAAAUAAGAUUCUUGAAACGGGAGCAACCAGCAGCUGUAAAAACCUGCGACAUAACUCUCUGCAGCCUGACUUUUUCAGCUUUAUACGACUACUGUGCCAAAUCUUCUCCUUCUUAUGAUGGACGUCGUCAUUUGAAUUCUUAAAGCCUUAGACGUCCUUUCAGGACUUCUUGACUGAAACCUUUCAACAGUAAGAUUACACAUCUGUGGACCACGGCUCAGUGAAGGGAAAGAAAAUGGAACUACUCCAUUUGAUGUGUGCUUUGGGCUCAAACAGGUCCUUCAUUAUCAGGGGCUGAGUAUUAAAUUGCACUUUAUUUGAUGAGUUCUAUGAACGAUUUCAGUUUGUUUUCACUUGAAUUUCACAGAUGUCGAAAGUUAAGUCUCACAUUUUUUCGCACUUUGUCAAAUUUGGUCAUGUUUGGGUUUGCAGACUUUUUAUAUCCACUCUCCACUCUUUAUUUCCCAGCUCUGUCCUUGAAGGUUCAGUCCAAACUACCCCCCCCCCCAUCUCCCCCUCAUCCAUCCUGGUUCCACCUGUCCUCAUCGGUUUCCCCGCGACUUCCUUUCAUGUCGAUGCACCUCAGCCACACUGGUGCUUUAUGUUAAACUCUGGGAGCGUUCAGUUAUUCUUACGACCACCUCGACUGAUGACAGCCUUCCAUUUCUAUGCAAAGACAAAGAGGUGUUUGUUCACAGCCAUCGUCCACUUUCGUCCCCUGAUCCCAGCUCCUCCACCUCCCCCGACUACCAGGCAGCUUCCCUUGAAGUGACUCCUCUUCACGCUUCAGGCGUUCAGUCUCCCAGUGUGUGGACAGAGCUACUCAUGACACUAGAUGACCUGCUGGAGGCACUAGCGAGCCCACUGAUUUCUCCACCAUCCACUUUCUCUUCGCCAUAAUCCUAAUUUGAUCUUCAGUGUGACCAGACUUGAGAUUCCCAGCAGGAGUGGAAGGGACGGACAGAUGAAUGGAAGACUGGAGAGUUGGGGCGGGGGGGGCGCUGACCCUGCAUGUGUCUGUGCACUGUUUCCAGGUCACAUGUGGUACAUCUCUUUUAAAAAAAAAACCAAAAACAUUAUCUUUUCUUUAGCAUCAAUAUUUGUUUUUGUUGUCUUGUUUUUUGGCAUAAACUAAAAAAGAAAACUACAAAAUGUUGUGUGUUCCAGCUGUGCACUUUGAGGCUGAGAUGACUACGUGUCCGCCGACUUCUUUGACUCCCCCCACCUGACACGUGGGGGAGCUGUAUGCCGGAGAUAUUUGUUUUUCCCACCUCCGACCUGAAGGUUCGCUCUUGCAGUUUUACUGAACAUUUGGACUCUGUACAUCUGGCUCUGAGGUUUAGGGUCCAAGCAGGGACCCCAAAGAAACAGCCACAAACCUCAUGUUUGGUACCAAGUCUUAAAAUCGUAGAGGACGAUCCCUGUCCCAGAGUGAGGACUCCUUCAACAUCAACAACAACAACGAGAAGAAGAAGAACAAUCACUAUUGACUGUGUUAUUUGUGUCUGUUUGCAUUUACUCCACACUGGACUCGAAUCAAGCAACUGACGGUGGGCGGAGUAAGAGGAGGGCUGACUGGGACGGAGGCGGAGUCUCAGACGUGCCCUGGAAUUUCCUGAUGCAGCACCAGCACUGAACGCCCGGACGCCCUCUCCAGCCACUCCACAUCCACCUGUCUGGUGUUGGAAACCACAAAGUCUCGACUGGAGCUUGAGCAGAACUUGCUUCUCAAUCACGGAUCGGACCAGGGUUCUGGGGCCCCCUAAUGGCCAACCCCCUCCCCUACCCAUAAGGAUUCAAUUAGCAAAUCUGUUAAAAUGCAAAGGCCUGGGUUGAAUAUGCACAUGUGAGUUCAUACAAAGUGUACAACGGAUGUAUGUCUAUAUAAACAUAUAUAUGUAUGUAUGUAUAUGUGUAUGUAUGUAUGUAUAUGUAUAUAUGUAUGUGUAUAUGAAUAUAUACACACAUAUAUAAAUGUAUAUACAUAUAUAUAUAUUUGUAUACAUGUGUGUAUGUGUAUAUAUGACUGGAAUAUAGUUUUCCUCUGGACCUCUGUCCUUUUCUCCAGUCCCCAGCUCCAGCCUUUGUCCCUCUGGACAUAUUAUUCCCCAGAAAUCAAAUCAUAAACAUAUCAAAGUAAUACAAAAAAAAUAAUGAAAACAAAUACUUGAAUCAAUAGAAGCGCCAAUAAUGUAAUGUGAACACUUUUUGUAGUGGCUUUUGUGUGUGUGUGUGUGUGUGUCUCAUCCAUACACUUCUGAGUUUGUUUGUUUUUUUAAUCAUCAGUUUGGAGUGAAUCCUGUUUAUGAAAUAUUGUUUUGUUUUUUUUGUUUAAGAAAACAAGGCGAAUUUUACAUCUGUCGUAUUUGGAGCGUUUGCACAAGAUUGCGUGUACUGUACGAUUGUGCGAAUGUGACGUGAAGUGGUUUGUGUCUGUGUGUGAGCGCCGGUGAUUACAGCAGAGGAACUGCGGCCUCGUGUUUCUCUUCACUUCAGUAUACAUUUGUUGUUGGUUUAGACUUUUUUCUUUUUUGCUCAUCAAAAAUAUACAAAUACAUAUAUUCUGAUGUACAUUGUUACUAGCCUCUAGCGUUGCACUGAGUGUCGGCCUCAACCCUCAUCCAGCUAAACGAACAACAUGAUACAAGUACUGAGGGGAGACGGGGGACAGUUCAUGUGUAAAUGUUUACUCAAGGACUAAAAUAAGUAUGUGUGUGUGUGUGUGUGUGUGUGUUUUUCUUUUUAAUGUAACGUUUAUCUACCUUAGUGGCUUUCAUCGUGGAAUAGUCCAAGGAAGUAUGGAUCAUCUUUGAGUAUUGCACCAAUUUUCAGACUACAAACCUUUAAAAAAGAAAAAAAAAAUCAAAAAUGUUUUUAAAACAAAAAUACAGCAAAAAAAAAAAAAAAAAGUAUUUCACACAGACCUGUGGCCAUAGUUUGGGGUAGAAAGACUUGAACUCUCCCAAAUGUGAGCAGCGGAGAGAGAGAGAGUGAAGUACGAGACAUGAGUCGGAGCCUGGGGCUCACUUCAGAGGUGCCUACUCUUUUGGUUUGUUAGCUUUUGGUUCUGUUUUAAUGUGUUUGUUUGUUUGUUUGUUUUUCUCCUGCGAGGCCACUGACAGUUUACAAACACUUUAGUUUUUCCUGGAGUUCAGAGAAGUAGAAGAAAAGCUGCAACUAAAACUAUGGAAAAUGUUGGCGAGAGGGU